GCGUAACAUAUUUGCAGGUUAUUGUAUGUAUAACUAUUUAUUUAAAGUAGGUGAGUAAUACAAGCAUUAUUAACUCACGAGACUGUGAACGGAGACUUAAAUAUGAAUAUGAAUUACAUAUCUUACAGUUAUCUUAUUUCAUGUUAAAUAUUUUGAAGCCCAGACGACCACAGUAUCAGUUACAGUAUUUGAAAGUGAUGACGUUACACUCGCCUGUACUUUGACAGGAAGUUUCACUUUACCAGAAUGGAGAGGUCCACCACAGUUAAUGAAAUAUACAAACAAGGAUGACACCUCUGAAACAAUAAGUCAUCAGGCGCCCGCUGCAGGCAGAUUGCAAUAUGCAAGUAAUAAGAAAGAUUUGGUUCUAUAUCAUGCAGAAAGAAAUGAUUCCGGCGACUACAGUUGUUCGUAUAAAGCAUUAGGAGUACAUACAGUUAUAUUAACCGUAACUGAUACAACAACUCCAGCUAAAACAAUUUCAACAUGGGACCAUGGACCAUUUACAACACACUUCCCCGGUACUCUGCAACAAAUUCAUAUCAAGGACAACAAGGUACCUGUUAAAGGGGGAGAAGUACAAAUUGUUUGUGACAUUGUGCACUUUAGCGAUGCUGAUACUGUCAUGGUGUAUAAGACUGACUCCACCCUCACUGCAGAUAUAACUACUGCCCAAUCCAUAGCCAGUUGUAAUCCAACAAGGUGUUUUGGAACAGAACCAAGACAUACAUUCAGCUCAAGCUACAGCGGUGUUAUAAUAACAAUCACUAAUCUUUAUAGCUCAGACGACCAGAAAUAUUGGACUUGUGUCAUGAAUAACCAGCAAAUAUCCAUGCAGCUAACCGUGUAUUAUUCCAGAUCUGACAUAUACACAAGUACAACAGAGACAAGUUAUACGAUGUCAAUAGUUCUCGGGGCUGUAUGUUUUGUUGUGCUUAUUUAUGCAAUAGGCUUAACCAUUUUGUAUAAAAGGAAAACCAAAAAAGAAGGCUCUGCAUCAAAUUCUGCAAAUGGAACUUACGCGAAUGAAAACUUGGGAAAUAUUUCCGAUGCAACAGUAGGACAACAUUAUGAAAAUGAAGCUACAGUUUUACCUUCACCACAAUAUACUGAAUUGGCACAUUAUACUAACGAAAGGACAACAUAUGAACGCUUACAAAAUUGAAUUAAGAACUGCUUUAGAUUUUAUAGUCUUUUCUAGAAUGUGAAACAGGUUCAUUGUGUUUAUUUCAGAAGUAGUCUGUUGGGUGUUCAGUUUCAUAUGAUUCUGAAUAAGACACAUUAUGUACUGCGGAAUGACACGAUUUAUUUUGCGAGUUGUCAAAAAAAAUACAAUUACAUAAAAUAUUCACAUACAUCAGCUUUACCUUUCGAGACAUAUUUUAAAUUUCUUGCUUUGUUACAAAAUAUUUCCUAUUUCCAUUUUCUUCAACUGGAAGACGUUGUUCUCCGUCUACAAAUAAUGGACUGUACAAAUAUUAUAAGCGUAGUUUACCGGUACUUGAUAUCAUGGAAUCAGGAACGAAUUGAAUCAUGCGUAAACGCGUUGUCUCAAUCUUAUUGUGAACUGUUUUGCAUUGGACAAAAACAUAAGUAUAGAUUGUAUUGCAUUGUCAUAAAACAUCUGAAUGGUUCAAUCAAUUGGUUUGUUUAUCUUUAAAAACUAGAAAAAGAAAUUCAAAAAUGUAGAUAUAUAAAUCUUUGAAACUGAUACGAUGUCUGAGAUAUUGAUGCCCGUAUUUUGUUUUGCUUUCGAAACUUUAAUAGCCGACUUUUAUAAAGCAAAGCGUGGUCACAUGUGUGCUUUUUUAUUUUGGUUUGUUUUUGUAACGGGUCUGAUGCCUUUUAAGUCUUUUCUUAUACUUUAAUUUUCAAAUCUUAGGCUGAAUUGAUGAUCGUUUGCUUAUUCAAAGUUAAACCAUUGUUUAUUCGGGAAAUUAUUAAUUAAUGUCCAAGGCAUUAGGAUGAUCCAUUACGAAUUCUUCAGCAAUUUUUAUAUGUAAAUAAGACACUUGGUGUCGGAGUCCUGGCGGACAUAUCUAUUAACUUUUCCAACAGCAUUAACUAAAACGUGCACAUUUUACCACAGUAUAAAACGAGUACAUGCAAAAGUACGCAAUUAGAAAUCUAUGUCAUAAUGAUUUUUCAUUAAUUUCAAUUUUCAAAACUUUGUAAAUUUAGACAGACAUUCCUCAAGGUAGCAUUGUAUUCGGUUCUUCUCAAGAUAUGCACAAAUGACCAUUGCUUGGCAGCUACUUUACGCGAACGUAAAAUAACGCUGAAAGUUUAUGUUGACGGGAUUUUAUUUAUCAUUGUGCGUUAUGCGUGUCAAUACAUGCAUUUUAUAUGCUAUCCUUCUUGUUUUAGCCUGUGUUUCGUUGUUUUUUGUCAAUGUUCAUUUUGCACUGAUCAAGUGAGGUGUAAACUUUUGUUUAAAUUUUGCAUUAUUUAAGAAAAUAAAAUCGUUUGUUGUACAAAACAAGGUAAUCCAAGCUACGUUUGUUUGCUAUAUUUUUUGAUCGUUUUCCUACAGUUUAAAUGCAAACGCCAUUCGCGCUAUCUUCCAACUCGCGUGUCAAUCCAUUUAUGAAUACAAGAUACAUGAAUAGUAAACUGAUUCCUCCCUGUCAAUUACCUUGCAGUAUUUAUGAAGAGUAAUAAUUUUACCGCUUUUUAACGAAUCUGGUAUUACACUACCUUUUAAUAUAUAAUGAAUUAUCGCUAAUACCGGUGAUAAUAUAUCCGCACCAUAUAACAAGUGUUCGUGUAGGGAAUUUAUUCUCAUUAAUAAUUUCUUUUUUUUUUCAUGAGAUUCAUGUGAUAAAGGCUAAAGUGCGAAUCUACUGUAUGUUAAGAAGAACAUUCUGCUCUCUUAAAUUUCCAACUAUCAUCA